AUGGCUCUACAAGGUGCUGUACCAUUAGAGCAGCCCAAGUCACCUUCUGGAGUACUUCGCACCAAUACCGCCAGCAGCGCGAACGUCUCGACCAGCAAGAUGAUCCCACAAAGCAUUGUGACACAGCCGACGCCUUCAGGACAGGAAAAUGCUUCUUUUCAAGCCUCACCAACAGCUGUCAGUUCUGGAUCACCACCUCAACUUCGAGCCGGCAGCCUCACUAACACUCCGAAAAGUCCGGUCAACGAAUCACCCAAGAUGGUUUUACAAAGUGCUGUUCGAUCAGAGCAGCCCAAGUCACCUUCUGGAGUACUUUGCACCAAUACCGCCAGCAGCGCGAACGUCUCGACCAGCAAUUCUCCCAAGAUGAUCCCACAAAGCAUUGUGACACAGCCGACGCCUUCUGGACAGGAAAAUGCUUCACUUCAACCCUCACCAACAGCUGUCAGUUCUGGAUCACCACCUCAACUUCGAGCCGACAGCCUCACUAACACUCCGAAAAGUCCGGUCAGCGAAUCACCCAAGAUGGUUUUACAAGGUGCUGUACCAUUAGAGCAGCCCAAGUCACCUUCUGGAGUACUUCGCACCAAUACCGCCAGCAGCGCGAACGUCUCGACCAGCAAUUCUCCCAAGAUGAUCCCACAAAGCAUUGUGACACAGCCGACGCCUUCUGGACAGGAAAAUGCUUCACUUCAACCCUCACCAACAGCUGUCAGUUCUGGAUCACCACCUCAACUUCGAGCCGACAGCCUCACUAACACUCCGAAAAGUCCGGUCAGCGAAUCACCCAAGAUGGUUUUACAAGGUGCUGUACCAUUAGAGCAGCCCAAGUCACCUUCUGGAGUACUUCGCACCAAUACCGCCAGCAGCGCGAACGUCUCGACCAGCAAUUCUCCCAAGAUGAUCCCACAAAGCAUUGUGACACAGCCGACGCCUUCUGGACAGGAAAAUGCUUCUCUUCAACCCUCACCAACAGCUGUCAGUUCUGGAUCACCACCUCAACUUCGAGCCGACAGCCUCACUAACACUCCGAAAAGUCCGGUCAGCGAAUCACCCAAGAUGGUUUUACAAAGUGCUGUUCCAUCAGAGCAGCCCAAGUCACCUUCUGGAGUACUUCGCACCAAUACCGCCAGCAGCGCCAUCUCGACCAGCAAUUCUCCCAAGAUGCUCCCACAAAGUAUGAUGACAACUUCCGAAGGAAAGCAGGCAAAUUCUUCUGUUCAACGCUCGCCAUCAGCUGGCAGUAGCCACUCCAGCUCAACACCCCAAUUUCGAGCCGAUAGCCUCACUAGCACUCCGAAAAGUCCGGUCAACGAAUCACCCAAAAUGGCUCUACAAAGUGCUGUGCCAUCAGAGCAGCCCAAGUCACCUUCUGGAGUACUUCGCACCAAUACCGCCAGCAGCGCGAACGUCUCGACCAGCAAUUCUCCCAAGAUGAUCCCACAAAGCAUUGUGACACAGCAGACGCCUUCUGGACAGGAAAAUGCUUCUCUUCAGCCCUCACCAACAGCUGUCAGUUCUGGAUCACCACCUCAACUUCGAGCCGACAGCCUCACUAACACUCCGAAAAGUCCGGUCAACGAAUCACCCAAGAUGGUUUCACAAAGUGCUGUUCCAUCAGAGCAGCCCAAGUCACCUUCUGGAGUACUUCGCACCAAUACCGCCAGCAGCGCCAUCUCGACCAGCAAUUCUCCCAAGAUGCUCCCACAAAGUAUGAUGACAACUUCCGAAGGAAAGCAGGCAAAUUCUUCUGUUCAACGCUCGCCAUCAGCUGGCAGUAGCCACUCCAGCUCAACACCCCAAUUUCGAGCCGAUAGCCUCACUAGCACUCCGAAAAGUCCGGUCAACGAAUCACCCAAAAUGGCUCUACAAAGUGCUGUGCCAUCAGAGCAGCCCAAGUCGCCUUCUGGAGUACUUCGCCCCAAUACCGCCAGCAGCGCGAACGUCUCGACCAGCAAUUCUUCCAAGAUGAUCCCACAAAGCAUUGUGACACAGCAGAUGCCUUCUGGACAGGAAAAUGCUGCUCUUCAACCCUCACCAACAGCUGUCAGUUCUGGAUCACCACCUCAACUUCGAGCCGACAGCCUCACUAACACUCCGAAAAGUCCGGUCAACGAAUCACCCAAGAUGGUUUCACAAAGUGCUGUUCCAUCAGAGCAGCCCAAGUCACCCUCUGGAGUACUUCGCACCAAUACCGCCAGCAGCGCCAUCUCGACCAGCAAUUCUCCCAAGAUGCUCUCACAAAGUAUGAUGACAACUUCCGAAGGAAAGCAGGCAAAUUCUUCUGUUCAACGCUCGCCAUCAGCUGGCAGUAGCCACUCCAGCUCAACACCCCAAUUUCGAGCCGAUAGCCUCACUAGCACUCCGAAAAGUCCGGUCAACGAAUCACCCAAAAUGGCUCUACAAAGUGCUGUGCCAUCAGAGCAGCCCAAGUCGCCUUCUGGAGUACUUCGCCCCAAUACCGCCAGCAGCGCGAACGUCUCGACCAGCAAUUCUUCCAAGAUGAUCCCACAAAGCAUUGUGACACAGCAGAUGCCUUCUGGACAGGAAAAUGCUGCUCUUCAACCCUCACCAACAGCUGUCAGUUCUGGAUCACCACCUCAACUUCGAGCCGACAGCCUCACUAACACUCCGAAAAGUCCGGUCAACGAAUCACCCAAGAUGGUUUCACAAAGUGCUGUUCCAUCAGAGCAGCCCAAGUCACCCUCUGGAGUACUUCGCACCAAUACCGCCAGCAGCGCCAUCUCGACCAGCAAUUCUCCCAAGAUGCUCUCACAAAGUAUGAUGACAACUUCCGAAGGAAAGCAGGCAAAUUCUUCUGUUCAACGCUCGCCAUCAGCUGGCAGUAGCCACUCCAGCUCAACACCCCAACUUCGAGCCGCCAGCCUCACUAACACUCCGAAAAGUCCGGUCAACGAAUCACCCAAGAUGGUUUCACAAAGUGCUGUUCCAUCAGAGCAGCCCAAGUCACCUUCUGGAGUACUUCGCACCAAUACCGCCAGCAGCGCCAUCUCGACCAGCAAUUCUCCCAAGAUGCUCUCACAAAGUAUGAUGACAACUUCCGAAGGAAAGCAGGCAAAUUCUUCUGUUCAACGCUCGCCAUCAGCUGGCAGUAGCCACUCCAGCUCAACACCCCAAUUUCGAGCCGAUAGCCUCACUAGCACUCCGAAAAGUCCGGUCAACGAAUCACCCAAAAUGGCUCUACAAAGUGCUGUGCCAUCAGAGCAGCCCAAGUCGCCUUCUGGAGUACUUCGCCCCAAUACCGCCAGCAGCGCGAACGUCUCGACCAGCAAUUCUUCCAAGAUGAUCCCACAAAGCAUUGUGACACAGCAGAUGCCUUCUGGACAGGAAAAUGCUGCUCUUCAACCCUCACCAACAGCUGUCAGUUCUGGAUCACCACCUCAACUUCGAGCCGACAGCCUCACUAACACUCCGAAAAGUCCGGUCAACGAAUCACCCAAGAUGGUUUCACAAAGUGCUGUUCCAUCAGAGCAGCCCAAGUCACCCUCUGGAGUACUUCGCACCAAUACCGCCAGCAGCGCCAUCUCGACCAGCAAUUCUCCCAAGAUGCUCUCACAAAGUAUGAUGACAACUUCCGAAGGAAAGCAGGCAAAUUCUUCUGUUCAACGCUCGCCAUCAGCUGGCAGUAGCCACUCCAGCUCAACACCCCAACUUCGAGCCGCCAGCCUCACUAACACUCCGAAAAGUCCGGUCAACGAAUCACCCAAGAUGGUUUCACAAAGUGCUGUUCCAUCAGAGCAGCCCAAGUCACCUUCUGGAGUACUUCGCACCAAUACCGCCAGCAGCGCGAACGUCUCGACCAGCAAUUCUCCCAAGACGCUCCCACAAAGUAUGAUGACAACUUCCGAAGGAAAGCAGGCAAAUUCUUCUGUUCAACGCUCGCCAUCAGCUGGCAGUAGCCACUCCAGCUCAACACCCCAAUUUCGAGCCGAUAGCCCCAGUAGCACUCCGAAAAGUCCGGUCAACGAAUCACCCAAAAUGGCUCUACAAAGUGCUGUACCAUUAGAGCAGCCCAAGUCACCUUCUGGAGUACUUCGCACCAAUACCGCCAGCAGCGCGAACGUCUCGACCAGCAAUUCUCCCAAGACGCUCCCACAAAGUAUGAUGACAACUUCCGAAGGAAAGCAGGCAAAUUCUUCUGUUCAACGCUCGCCAUCAGCUGGCAGUAGCCACUCCAGCUCAACACCCCAAUUUCGAGCCGAUAGCCCCAGUAGCACUCCGAAAAGUCCGGUCAACGAAUCACCCAAAAUAGCUCUACAAAGUGCUGUACCAUUAGAGCAGCCCAAGACACCUUCUGGAGUACUUCGCACCAAUACCGCCAGCAGCUCAACCAGCAAUUCUCCGAAGAUGAUCCCACAAAGCAUUGUGACACAGCCGACGCCUUCUGGACAGGAAAAUGCUUCUCUUCAACCCUCACCAACAGCUGUCAGUUCUGGAUCACCACCUCAACUUCGAGCCGACAGCCUCACUAACACUCCGAGAAGUCCGGUCAACGAAUCACCCAAGAUGGUUUUACAAAGUGCUGUGCUAUCAGAGCAGCCCAAUUCACCUUCUGGAGUACUUCGCACCAAUACCGCCAGCAGCGCGAACGUCUCGACAAGCAAUUCUCCCAAGAUGCUCCCACAAAGUAUGAUUACAACUUCCGAAGGAAAGCAGGGAAACGUUUCUGUUCAACGCUCGCCAUCAGCUGGCAGUAGCGACUCAGGCUCAACACCCCAAUUUCGAGCCGAUAGCCUUACUAGCAACGAAUCACCCAAGAUGGCUCUACAGAGUGCUGCUGUGCCAUCAGAGCAGCCCAAGUUACCUUCUGGAUCACCACAUCAGGUUCGAUCGCAUAGCGUCACGAGCACUCCCAGAAGCUUGGACAAUAGAAUUGCCGUGCAAAGUGGGGCUGCAGCAUCAGAAUACCACAGGUUAGCCUCUGGCUCAUCAUCUGACACCGAUAGCGCCACUCGUUCCGAAAGCAAUCAGACACCAAGAAUGCUCCCACAAAUUGCAGCUGAGGCGUCAGAACAACAGAAGUCAGAAUCUGGCUCAACAUCGCAACUUCAGCAAGUUACCAAUUACGUCAUCAACGAUUCUACGACCUUCCAGAGUGGUAGCACAAGAUCAGAACCGCGUGUUGCUACGCGAUCCCUGGAAUACGCAAGGCAUGUAACGGAGCAAACAACAGAGCACCUUAGUCCCGAUGCAACUCCCAUGGCACUGGUCGCAGCGUCGCCCUUCACAAGCGUCCCCUUUGAUGGAAAUUCGACUGUUACUCCUACAGCUGCAGAAAUUUCCACUUCCCAAGUUGCAGAUCGUCUCCAGACUUCCCCUGGGAUACGCCAAGCAUCGUCACCCAGAGAUGGAUUCGACACGACGACAUCCUAUGAACCUGGACGACGACAGGUCUCUUCCGUUAUCCUUUCUGAAGAGUUCCUAACAGCUCCACCAUCCGACAUGGAAGUUAAAUACGUUGAAGUUCCCGUUAUUGAGGAAGUUAUCAAACGUGUUCCCAAAAGAGAAAUUGUCGAAGUCGAAAAAAUUGUUCCGAAAUAUGAAGUUGAAAUCGUUGAACGUGUUGUUGAAACGCCUCGUGUUGAAUACAUCGAUCGAUUUGUUGAGAAGCCUACUGUCCAGGAGGUCGUCGUUUCAAAGUCGGUGAAGACAGUUCAAGAAGUCCCACGCGAAGUGAUUAGAACGGUUCCCAAGAUAGAAACCGUUGUUGUCGAGAAAUGUGUCAAUGUGCCGGGAGAGAUUAUCGAGGUUGAUGAGUACGAGCCUCAAAUUGUCGAGGUAGACGUUCAUGUCGCGAAGCCCAUUUCUUCGCACCUCACAAUUGUGGGACAAACACAAGAACACCACCAGGCAGUAACUGUUCCAGCUGCUCAAUACAACACAAUCCUUCGAUCGAUCAACCAACAUAUCGACGAUUUCAGCAGUCUUCCAUAUAUCAAGGAAAACAAUCAAGUUUCAUUUUUGGGAACAAAUGAAACUCCAGGAUUCACAGCACCAGACUCGCGAGUCCAUGUUUCCAGCGUCUUGUCCCAAGGAAACGUCACGUCUAGAAAACUCACCAGUGGGGACGCUCCUCAUCACCAAGCAACACCAUCGAUCAACAUUGUCACUACGAGUGAGAUGGGAAACCGAUUUGGUUUGAAUUCUCUAGCACUAGGGUCCAGUCCUGCUUUCGCUCCCGUCGUUGAAGCUCGCGGUGAUGGAGGGCGCGAGACAACGAAUAUGCUCUUGCCCACGCAGCGGCGCCACAAGCAUCAUAAAAGUGGGAAAAAAUCUCCAAAGAAGAGCGCUUGCACAUGUAUGUGCUAA